CUUUUGCGCGUGCGCACUGGCUGCAACCACGGUGGCCGACGAGGCUCUUUCCUCCGUCACAUCCCAAGAUGCGUUGAAUUGCGCUCCGUCGCGUUUUCCAUCGCCUGGCGGCUACGAGGGGUUACCGACGUGGGCUUUCCGGUGCCUUCUGACAAACGGGCCUGCCGGACGGCGGCGGGUUCCCUUCACAAGCGGUGUUACCGGCUUUCAGCGCCCCGCUGUAGAGGCAUUUCUUCGCGAGAGGGAGGAUAGUUCCUGAGCAAUUUAUACAGGUAUCCUUCCGCGGAAGAUUCGGUUGUGCUUCCACAUGUCAGAGUCAGGACACAGCCAGCCAGGACUGUAUGAACGUCGCCGUCGCUGGAACCGCGAUAAGGACAUGGGUCACCAGAGCCUGUCGGGGCCGGGCAGGGAUCGUGACUACGUUCCCUGGGACCGAGACCGUGACCGGCGGGAACCUACGGAUGAACCAGUAGGAACGGUGAUGCAGAAGACGCCCAUCAUCCUGGCAAAGCCACCAGCUGAGAGGUCCAAGGGGGCCCCAACCCCCACUCCCACUCCAGCCCCUGCUGCCACCCCGGCCAUGGAGAAGCCCAUUGUGUUGAUGAAGCCCCGGGAAGAAGGCAAAGGCCUUGCGGGAGCCACGGAGGCGUCGGCCCAGCCCCCAGCUGCCGUGGCCAAGGUGGAGAAGGAGGGCCAGCGUCCCACCCAGCCGGUCUACCAGAUCCAGAAUCGAGGCAUGGGCUCUACUGCACCCAGUAGCGUCAUGGAUCCUGUGGUUGGCCAGGCCAAGCUGCUGGCUCCAGAGAAGAUGAAACACAGCAUCAAGUUGGUGGAUGACCAAAUGAACUGGUGUGACAGUGCCAUUGAGUACCUCCUGGACCAAACAGAUGUUUUGGUGGUCGGGGUGCUGGGCCUGCAGGGUACAGGCAAAUCCAUGCUGAUGUCACUGCUAUCAGCCAAUCAGCCUGAAGAGGAUCAGAGGACCUACGUAUUCCGCACACAGAGUCAGGAGAUCAAGGAGCGUGGGGGCAACCAGACCAGUGGCAUUGAUUUCUUCAUCACUCAGGAGCGUAUCAUCUUCCUUGACACUCAGCCCAUUCUCAGCCCCUCCAUCCUGGAUCAUCUCAUCAACAAUGACCGCAAGCUGCCUCCAGAAUAUAACCUACCCCAUACCUACGUUGAGAUGCAGUCCCUGCAGAUUGCUGCUUUCCUCUUCACCGUCUGCCAUGUGGUCAUUGUGGUGCAGGACUGGUUCACAGAUCUGAGCUUGUACAGGUUCCUUCAGACAGCUGAGAUGGUAAAGCCCUCCACUCCGUCCCCCAGUCACGAGUCCAGUGGUUCUUCUGGCUCAGAUGAAGGCACAGAAUAUUACCCACACAUUGUUUUUCUCCAGAACAAAGCCAAGAGGGAGAACUUCUGCCCCCGGAAUCUGAAGCAGAUGCACCUUGUUAUUGACAAAAUUAUGAUGCACUCACACUUGAAAUACAAGGGAACUCUCUCUAUGCUGGAAUGUAACAUCUUCCCAGGUCUGCCCCAAAGCUACCUGGACACAGAGGUCAACCUGUUCUUACUGCCUUUUAUGGAUACAGACACAGAUGAUGUUCUGCCAAGAGCAGCCCCAGGAAGCGGUCCACUCUUCUCCCUCCUGCCCGGGUACAAGGGACAUCCCAGCUUUCAGUCUCUGAUCGCCAAGCUUCGAAGCCAGAUCAUGUCCAUGUCUCGGCCUCAACUCUCCCAUACCAUCCUGACCGAAAAGAACUGGUUCCACUACGCCGCGCGCAUCUGGGAUGGUGUUAAGAAAUCUUCAGCUCUCGCAGAAUACAGCCGCCUGCUGGCAUGAGCAUGAUGCCUUCGCAUGGGAGCUGCCAAGGGCCGGCCAGCCAGCCUUCCCCAUCCACUGCGAUGGGUGAGCCAAGGGGAUCUGUGCCCUCAGCCAGGAGCCACAAGGUGUGAUGUGUGCAUCCCAGAGAGGGGAAGAUGUAAUGGAGCCGCAGCCCUUCCGUUGAGCCAUUGCAAGAUGCAGGAGUCAAAAUGCAGAACAGGUGUUGUGUCCCUCCUGGGCCUCCAUCCUGCUAACCACCUUAGCUUGUCUCUUGGGCUCACUCGGUCUUUUAGGGCUCUGAUUUCCAUCUGCAUCCAUAGAUGGGAGAGCCUUACAAGGCUUUACAGUACCUGUCACCAGGGUGGGAGUUUACCCCAAUAUGACCUGCACUCUCCUAACACCCUUGUGGGAGCAAGGAAAGUCUUCGGCCGGAGCAAAGAUCAGUGGGGCGUUAACUUGGCUUCUUGGAAUACUCUCAGAUUCUUAUUUCUAGUCCUUGAGCGUGUUGAUGAUAAGCUUCUGUUUGAAGGUGUAUGUACCAACCCUUAGGCCAUGUCUUUUCUCUUUGAACCAUUUCCAGCAUUCAUUCUAGUUCUUCUUUCACAAGGUGGAUAAAUCUCUCCCCUUUUGCAUGAGUGUCUUUCUUCAAUAAACUGUUCAAACUUCUUCA